AUGGGAUCAGAAGGACAAAGCGCCCCCGGGAGGGGCAGAAAGAGACGCGCCGGAAACAAACCGGGCAAAAGAAAGCGCCGCGCUCAUCAGCCACGCCCCUCCUUCUACAUCCACCACACGGACAGGGACAUGCUGCUGCUCAUAUCCAAUCAGGAGGGAGAGGGGGACGUCCCUGUGUCUCGCAGGAGAAAAGAAGCGACUGAGACCCCGGGGGCGGAGCCUCCUGUCACUGACUCGGGCUGGGGCUGCUCCAUUCCUCUAGAGAUCUUACACGGGAUCUUCCUGCUGCUCGUACAGUCCGAGGGGGCGGUACCAACACUGUGCAGGUUAUCCCGCGUGUGUCGCCGUUGGAAUCAAGUUGCUUCCAGCCCCCACCUGUGGCUCCGCGUGUCCAUUGGCUUCUGCUGGGGGGAUCCAGGCAAGAAACAGCCCCCGAAGACUCAAAGCAAAAUCCGAGAGACGCUGGAAUGGCUCAUAAAGGAAAGGCUGUCUCUCAUGUCAGAGUUCUCGCUGCAUCACUGGAAGACACAGGUCCCAUUUGUGGUGAAGACCCUCGCUGCCUCCUGCCCCCGCCUCUCGUCUCUCACCCUCUCUCACUGUACUGGGGUCAGUGCCGAUUCCCUUUUCACUGCUGCCCAAAACUGCCCUGAGCUGCUCAGCCUGAACCUGCAGAACUCACAGGUAGAAUCUCCAGCUGUGCUUGGUGUCCUGGAUGUGUGUGGCCCCCGCCUGCAGAGACUCUUUCUCACCUAUAGCAACCGACUGACUGCCAUCAUGAGUAGCCUGACUAGUGGUUCGUGCCCGGAGCUGAGAGUGCUAGAGUUGAGCACAGAGAUAAAACAGGGCGAGAGCCACUUACAGAUUUGUAUCGAGACCCUACAAACUGGCUGUCCAAAACUUGAGGUGCUUCGACUCCUCAAUCUCGUGUGGUCCCCAAAAUCUGGGGGGCGCUGUGUGUCGGAGGCGCUUGGCUUUGUGCACCUUCAGGAGCUCUGCCUCGCCACUUCAUCCUAUUCUUUUGUCAGCGACUCCGUGUGUCAGCGACUCCUGCGUGACUCCGCCCACCUGAAAAUCCUGGAUCUGAGGGGCUGUUACCGGGUCACCCCGGGUGGUAUCUGUCAGCUGCCCUGUGUGGACCUGGAGCGACUCUACCUGGGCAUCUACUGCAGCACAAAGAACCUGGCACUGCCCCGCACUGGCUGCUCUCUCAUUGCCCAACGCUGGCAGCACAGCCUCCAGGAACUCGACAUCACCGCUCACAGUUACAGCGAGGAGGAUCUGGCACAGGCACUGAACAUUCUCUCCACCAGGGGGAGCCACCUCCAUUCCCUAAACUUGGCCGGGACAAAGGUCAUGUCUCCAGCUGUCAGGGAGUUGCUCUCUAGUUGCCCGUCCCUCAUGCACCUGGACUUGUCGUCGUGCCGGUACCUCCCGAGGGGCAUGAAACGCGUGUACCGAGGGGAGCAAGAUAUCCGCCAGUGUCUCGCUGCACUUACUGAGGAGUUACGGAAGGAAUUAGACACAGAGUAAUGCUCCUGGAAGGGGUAACUCUGUGCAAUGUGGGUAGAUUCUUGGAUUACCAGAAGGUUAUUGUGACCCAUUUUGGCGUUAAAUGAGUUCACUUUGGCACCUGGAGCUGAUGUUGCAGUUGGUCUGGCUUAUUAAGAUCCUCUUUACAUGUUGCUGGUCCAGGUACUGGUUGGUCCAGUUUUGCUCUUGGAGGAGAAGCGGAAGAGAUGGAUCUACACCAACAGCUUGGGAAUCGGAUCAUGGGGGGUUGGGUGCCCCACAAUCGAGCCAUAUUCUCUCUUGGGACCAAGCAGUGUUAGAAAGAGGAGUCUUAACAAGUAACCACUGCCGUUGUUUACCCCCCUUUUUGUUCUGUAGGGCCACAGUGGGAGGAGUUAAUAUAUUGCUAAGGGAAAGUGCGGUUUUCAUGGCACCCGCUGAUUAGAUUAAAGGGGUACCUCACCUUCCAAACACUCUUGGUUUAGUUGUUAUUCAUAGUCCCCCCACAAUCAAGGCUUUUCCUAAUUUCUUUCCGUUAUUUGGGACUUUUUUUUUUUUUUUUUAACUGUAGAAAACCUAAUGUUCCUCUCUCUCUGGGGUCUCCAUCUGGCAGUAACCACGGGGCAAACUCUGAACUGUCCCUUUCUCUCUCCCCACUCCUUCCAUAAGUCCCAGUCCCUCUCUGUGCCGCCCGGAACUUCCCCUCUAUCUCUGUUCUCUCCCCACCCCUCUUCUACAUACCUGCCCCUUCCCAAAUUCCACUGUCUGCCCCACCCCCGCCCUGAUCUCUGUUUCCAUUUCCCCUCAUUGUCUGAAAUCUCGGGGGGCUUCAGCUGACGGGAGGAAAUGAAAUCAACCCACCCUCAGCCCAAGGGCCUCAUUGACAAACUAGGGAACAAAUCUUCUGAUUUCCUCUCGGAAAAUAAACAUUUCCAAAUUUUAAAUUGAAAACAAUAAAGUUACUAAUUGUGCUAA